UAAUUUUCACAUGAAACAAAACUGGCACAUAUAAACGGAAACAUUAAAAAAAAGGACACUCCCAACUACACAUAACAUAAAAAGAUUUGGUUAAGUGCUGAAACACACUUAAUUGACAGAACCCACAUACAAUGCAAACGUUGCAGGAACAGAGAAAGUCGCAGGAAGAAAAUGGGUUACCUUCCUCUCCGAAGACAAAGAAAUCGAGUAUGGCAACUAAAAAGAAAUUGAGCCCCGAGUUCCCAGCAUUUAAGAACUUAAGCAAGUUGAAAUUCAAAAACAUUGAUACGUUGCCGAUCUCUGCCCGGGAUUAUGGACUGAUGCGAUCCAACAAUAAGUCUUCGACGCCAUAUCCGCGCGCCGAUCAAGGCGUCGAUGCCUCUUUGCUAAAGGCUCGACUCAAUAUGCGACGUGCUUUCAAAGAUUCCGCUAAGCAAGAGAGCCCAGCGGCCAGCAAUCCUGACUCUCAUCACUCUCAGUCUUCCACCAUGGGCCAUGCAAGGGCGUCGGUCACCGUUUUUCGUCACCAGUCGCUGACCAAAGAUAAUUUAAAGGAGAUGCUGUCCAUCGGCACCCCACAUCCCGCGAAGGGCGUGGCACUGAGUGCCAGGCUACUGACCAGGCGUUUAACUGACAUAAAUGAUCUGCUGAAGAUGCGAGAGGAAGCUGUCCCGCAAAAGGAGGCCACUCCGGUGAGGUCAAGAAAGAAGAAAGUAUCGAUGCCGAUGGUUACCGAAAACCGUGACGAGAUUAUUCCCGUCGAAAGCCGGCCACACGGAGAGCUGGUCAGCAAACGCAUAAGCAGUCGGUUGACCCAACUCGAUUACGAUGCCUCGGUUACUUCGCAGAGCGAGGAAUCCCUCGUGCCGCAGCUGAGUUUUGCGGAGCGACGGAGGAUAUUCCACGAGGGCGAGUUCACCAUCGCAAGAUAUGGCCGCAAAAUGAGCGAUGUGAUGAUGGCCUCGACACCGCAGCAGCACCAGGUCAUCGACAAUAGUUUGCAGUUUGCCAAGAAGGCCAACGACGAGAUCGAGAAGUAUAUGAUUUCGCAGGGCAUGGUUAAGGCAUGAUCAGAUUACCAUGACCCGCCAAUUCAGCCGUCCACCUGAAUUCUAAGCAUGAAAAAUCCGCCAACACUCGUCCUCACAAGGAAUUCUUGUAGACUGGCUAGCAAGUUGGCCGAAGGAUGCGAAACUAGACUAGUUGGAGCACCAAGAUUUCGAUGUGGUGUCGCAAUUAAUGGAUUUAUUUUCGACAUUCUAUUGUACAAAAUUUUGGUCAACUUUAUGUUUAACCACUUGACUCAAUAUACAGCAUUUA